AUGGUGCGCGGAACCAGCCGCGUGGCGAAGAGAAGAACGACGGCGGGAGGCGUAGCAGUGGCCCGCGCUCACCGAAUCCGCGUCAGCACCGUGACAAGAAACGCGGAGGCGAGGGGCGCGUGUCCGAUCUGCGGCAGCACCGUGACGUGGGGCGCGGCGAUGGCGCGCUCGCAUCAGGCCAGCGACAGCAUCGCGAUGGGGGGCACGCUGGCGGCGCGCGCUCGCCAGAUCCGCGGCCGCAGCGUGACGAGAGGUGCGAAGGCGGCUACCGCUCGCCUGAUCCGCGGCCGCUGCAUGAGGAGAGGCGCGGAAGCAGUUACCGCUCGCCAGAUCCGCGACAGCGCCGUGACGGAGAACGCGGAGGCAGUGCGCACUCGCCAGAUCCGCAGAGGUAUCACGGCGGGAGGAGCAAGGGGGGCUCGCGCUCACCAGAUCCGCAUCACUAUCGUGAUGGGAGACGCGAAGGUGGCUAUCGCUCGCCUGACACGCGACGGUACCAUGGAGGGAGGUGGGGAGGUGAGGCGCGCUCGCCAGAUUGGCGUCAGCGACACGAGGAAAGCCAGCGUGACGAAAGACGUGCCGGUGAAGGAGGACAGGAUCAACGCGGCAGCAGAGUGGGAGGCAGCGGGCUGA